GGAAAACUAUCUUCGAAGCAUAUCAAACUUGGAAAAACCCUAGAUCUACGGUAAAAAAAAAAAAAUCAAUCAUAUCGACUCUUUCUUCUUCCAUUCGGACGGAGAGAAGAUCUCGGAAAACACGAGUCUAGAGAAAGGAGGAAUCUUUCUUCGAAACCUUGAUGUUGAUGUCACCACAGAGCCCAAGAUUCUCACCAGCUCGUCGGCUCGUCAAGCUGAGAACUUGUCGUUAUGGUCCCAUCUCGGCAUCUCGUCUUCAUGGGUUACGAACUCGUCAAUUCACUUAUCCACCACCACGUCGAGUUCAAUCACACGCCAAACUCAACCUGUGUUUGAUCCCGGCAUGUAACAUCCAUGCGAUCCAACAAUGAAACUUGCAGACAAGACCGACUUUGCCGACAAGAAGACAUGACCCAAAAGUCUCGACUUCUAUUAUGGUUUCUCUCGGUGGAGUGAAAUCGGGGGAGAUAAGCGGCGAAGAAGCCAAUCCAUGCCGUGAUGACAUGGGUUCACCAGCAACCACCGAAAGUCAAAGCCUUUCUUGCUCAGAACAGACAAAAGCCUGCCCACAUCAGCUGUGUGUCUAUUUUGAUUCAGAAGAUCGAUAGUCCCCAGCGCUUCUUCUACAUGUCCUCUCAUCACCAGAGCUUCUAAGAUCUCUGCAACCAAAUCCAUAUUCUCCUCAAUGCCUGCGUUUUUAUCUAUCAUGAUCAUCACACCGCUUGUUGUCUGAUGAUUGUUGAUCAUCAUGACUUGUUGCUGUUAUGGCCUUACCUUCAUCUAUAUACGUUGCCAGCAGGCUUAAGCUCUGUUCAAGCUCCAAAAGGAACAGAAGAAAACAGAGGACAUGACCAGUGCGGUAUCUCUUCACGAUCACUUCAGCGGUCAACUUCUUCUUGUUCUUGAUUACAAAGACGAGAUUCUUCGUGGGAUAACCGUCAAGACGCCGCCAAGUUCUGGCAUUUCUUGAGAUGUUGUCACUAGAGAAGAAGACCUGAUUCAGGUGAAGCUGAAACGUGUUGACUGGAGUUUACUCUGUUACUGUGACACUCCAAGAAUGUUGGAUCAGAUUACUGAGACUGAUCUGAUAAAGCCAUCAUGUGUUUGGUCGGGUUUUGGUAGUGAAAGUGAGUGUGUCGUCUCUAAUGUGGUUAAAAAUAUUCUGCAACGGUUGAUGCUUGACAUCUCUCACGAGCAUCUAUCUGAAAGCUACUCUUCAUCUCGUCGUCUAUUCUGCACCAGCAGCCACUUCGGCAAGAGCAUGAUCUCCAUCAACAAUUCUCUACAGAGUUCUCAAGCUCCUCGUCACAUAAAUCAAAUUGUGAUCUCGGCGUUCUCGGUUCAUCUCGGCAGUCAUGGUUUGAUAUUGGAAAAGCUCCACAAGCUUGCCACAACCGGCACAAACUCCUCGUCAAGAAGAAACAUCACAUGAGACAUGACCUUAUCUUCAGAUCAUUUCUCCAUGAAGCCAUGACUUGUUGCUUCCAGCAACUCGAAAAUCAGCUUGAUCUCGAUGUAUUGCUCUCAAGAAUGAUGAAUUCCUCAAACGUGUGAAUGUGUGCGUCUCCAACACCGCAACGAGUUCAGUCACAUGAUUAUCAGCAUCGCCUCUCUCCAAUCAAGUGCCGAGAAGAAUAUAAACGAAAGAGAUUAUAGAUGAAGGUCUAAAACAGCUCGGCAUGUUUAUGAUCUCGUAAUUGCCAUUCUCUUUCUCUAAGAACGAGCUGUUCAACUUGUUGUAUGAUACACCGAGCUCAUCAUCAUCUCAGCUCAGACGAGAGGACCAAGUUUUAGAGCAAUUCCCUCUGAGCUCACUACAACCGUCUCCGAGAGCUUAGACAAUGGCGAGACUUAGCAACCUCAACAGCACAAGUCAAGAUUCUCGGCAACUGGAGAUGAGAAGAGUUUGAUUCUUCUUGUAUUCUCGGCCACAAGUUGUUUUGACGAUACCAAGGUCUUGAAGUGAUGCCUAUGGUAGCUUCUUCACCAAGAUACAAACAAAUUUCGGCAACCUCGCUUGUUUGCUCUUCACCACAAAGAUAAGCUCUCUUAUUAAAUCAUAACAUGCUUUAAUGACUUUCAAACUGCACAUAUGUGUCACGGUAGAAUUAUUGUUGUGGUUUAAAUUAUUAAACAACUCUAAAGACGUGUUCGCUCAUCUCAUGUUAUUGCUUUACUGAUUGGUAGCCUUAUGAUAUUAAUAAGUUGACAAUUAUUAUAUCAUCAUGUGCAACUCACUACCGUUAAGUGAAAACAAGUUCAACCUAGCUUGCUUAUUAAUUAUGCAACAGUUGGUUAUUUCUUUUGGGUUAGAUUGAUCUAAUCAUGAUCAUGUUUUUUGUGAACCAGAGACAAAGAGAAAAACAGAGCCAACAAGCGCUCACCACUGUCAUAUCAUCAUGCUUCGAAAGACGGUUCUCAGCUUCGAGCUUGUUGAAAGCAGUACAAGCAGCAUAAGCCGGCACAUUUCUUAGCAUCAUCAUAGCCUGACGAGCAUACACACCAACUACUUGUUCGGCACACACAAUCUCAACACGAGACUUCGGAUCGGCAAUAAUUCGAGAUCGACUUCAUCUCUCUCUACGAACUUGGGGGAACUUACUGUUAGGGGUUGAUUUACAUCUUCCUCAAGGCCCAUUAGACAUUGAAUUAGGCACAUAUUGCUAGGAAGCCUUGGGAUUCAUCUUUCAAUUAAUAUGGAACUACCUCAUUCUUAGAAAGAAUUUUUUUCUCUUGAUUUUACACUUAGAACACUUCUUACAAAGAGUUUAUGGAUUCUUAGAUUUACUUUACACUUGUAAUCAUACUUGUAAUACAAUCUUUGAUCAAUAAAUUCUUUUUGAUGUUCAUUUUCAUUUGAUUUCUAUGUUUAUUUUUCUUUAAGCCUCAAGAAUCUAAAAAAAUUAUUUCUUAAACUCUUCAUUAUAUAAAUCCGACAAACGCACUAUUUUCAGUUCAAACACUUAGAUCUAAUAUAACUAUGUGACCGGUUUAUGAUCCACUCUAGUCUAAUCAUCAGAUCGGUCAGGUUCGAAAAACAGCAGUGAAAGGUUAAAUAUACGUGAUCAAUUAUUUGAUAUUUGGUUCUGUUUAAAUUUUGGUUUGAUCUGGUCCACUUCAGCUAGUAGUACUGUGUGGGUACACUGACAUAAAUGAAAAAAAAAAGUGAACUAAGUUAUUGAUUAUUCAAAAAUAAAAAAUAAUCGGUUAAGGCACGCGUCGUCGUGUAAUGUCUUUAUAGCGGUUUCUUCAUCAUAUAGCUCGCUCGCAUUUCUCUCUCUCUCUCGCUCAAUCGCCUUCACUUUCUGCGCAAAGAAAAGCGUCCAUCUUCCCCCCAUUUAUUGUUCUUCUCUCCCUUUUCUUUCUCCAAUGUCUUAUUAAAUGGGUCUCGUCUCUUCGACAAACCCUCUUUCUCUGGGUUCUUCGAAGACGUAAUUAAUAAUAAAAGGUCCCUUUAAUUCAGUUUUCUUUUCAUUGGACCUUCUUCAAGCCAUGCCUUUGCCUUGGAAGAAAUCGAAAUCGGGUCGGAUCUCCAAAUUCGUAUCGGACCUCCAACAAUCUCCCAAACGCGGCGGAUCUCUCGUCGUCGAAACUGGCUUCCCAACUUCCCUUAUCCAUCUCUUCUUCAAGAACCGCGAUCGUCUCAAAAAAUCUUCUUCUAAACGAAACAACAACAACAAAGCUCAGAUACCAACCGGUCCGAGUCAUUCUCAUUCGACACGUCAGCGUGUUGCGUCUCUCCCUCCUCCUAUUUCUUCGCUUCCAGCGUCGGUGACGGAGGAUCCCGCGGCGAGUAAGAUUGAUGAAAGCUUCGUCUGUGACGGUGGCUCAACACCUGAGAACAGAAACGACGGAAACGGCGGUGAUCACGACGGCGGAGGAGGAGGAGGAUGUUGCGUAUUAAUGGUGGUGGCGAUUAAGGUCUUCGUGGUGGCUGUGCUCGCCUUGAGCACGAAAAAGCUCGCCGUGGGGAUCACUUUCUCCGCCUUCGCCCUCCUCUUCCUCGAGUUCGCCGUGCCGCGUGUCCUCACGCUCCUCAAUCUCUGCCCCAACGCGCAGGUUCGGCUCGAUUCAUUGAUCAGAAAGCUCAUAGGGACGAAGAAGCUUGAAUCAUCCCCACCAUCAUCAUCAUCACCAUCAUCAUCGACGCAAGAGAGAACAAGAAACAAUGUCUCCUUCGAAAUCAUCGAAACCUUACAAGAACAGAGAGAUCGCAUCGAGGAAACUCGAGUUCCCGAACCACCACCGGAGAACCAACCCGCGGCGGAGGAGAGAGAAGUGCUGACGAUCAGAGACGUGGUGUUCACGAAGGAGAAAAGUAAAAGCGCGAAGCUUAAGUCAAAGAUCGUGAAGAAGAUCGUGCCGAAGAAGCUGAGGAGUUACAAGAAGAAGAAGAAGCUGAAGAAGAUGAAAGAAAAAGAAGAAGCGGAAGGUGUGGAGAUUGAGAUAUUCGAAGAAGGAGGAGAAGGGUCUACGACAGAAGCUUCCAGCUUGUAUUCGGAAGAUAUAACCGAGAGCGAAGUGUCUGAGAGAUACGAGAUUGGUUCGAAUCCGCCAUUGCUGGAGAGCUGUGAAGAAGAAGAAGAGGAGGACGAAUCGAAAAGAGAUCUAACGAAAGUGAUGGUAAUGAUAGUGAUUGCGCUUGCUGGGUUGUUAGGCGGGAAAGUCUUAGCUAUUGUUCUGACAGUAUCUUCCUGUCUGUUUCUGAGAUUGGUCUGCUCCAAAUCUCAAACUAUUCUCUGACAAAGGGUCUGAACUCGGAGGGAAAAAGGGCCAGGCUUUGGGAAGUUUUUGCUUUUGUUGUUUGUGUUCCGUGUCUGCGGUGGGACCUACGGAUCGCCUUUAAGUGACGGUGUUGACGGAAGUGUUGUUGGGUGGUUGGCAGUUCGAAGCUACAAUUGUUUUGCUUAUGAAACUGUAAAUUUUCUUUAAAAAAUGUUAUUAACAGAGGAUGUUGUUAUUAUUAACUUAUUAUGUGAUGGUCAAGUACUCAAGGAGUCAAAGUUGUUGUUUA